AUGGCCUCUGCGUGUUCGACGGCUGUUCAGGUAACUCCAGCCGCGGGAGGCCGAACUGUCCAGAGGAUCAUGGUGAACUACCACGUGCAGAAGGUGAAGCGCGAGUGCAUCGUGUGGAGCAUCGCCUUCCUCUCAAGCGGCACCGUCGUCACCUCGGACUCCUUCGGGAGGGUGCAGUUCUGGGACUGGGAGCGAGGGACGCUGCUGGAGUCCCACACCGUCAGCACCUCGGCUGUCCUCUCGCUGGCUGUGUCGGAGAAAGAGGACAGCAUCGUCGUGGGCACCUCGACAGGGGCCACCUACCAGUUUCAGCUGCUGCCGGUGAAGAUGGGCAGCCUGGAGAAGCGGUGGGUGCGGACGAAGCCCUUCCAGCAUCACACCCACGACGUGCGAGCUGUGGCGCACAGCUCGACGGCUCUCAUCUCCGGGGGCCUGGACGCCCAGCUGGUGAUCCGCCCGCUGAUGGAGAAGAUGCAGAAGAAGGGCUACGACGCAGCGCUCCGCAAAUUCACCUUCCCUCACCGACGCCUCGUCUCCUGUGCCAGGAAAGCCCGGCUGCUCCUCUUCCAGUUCUCCCAGCACCUGGAGCUCUGGAGACUUGGCUCCACCGAAGAGACCGGAAAGGAUGGCGAGGUCCUUCCCUUGUGCCGCAUGCCCGAGCACCUCGUGCAGCUCAAGAGCAAGGGCCCGGAGCACAUCUACUGCAGUUCCGUCUCGCCGUGCGGCAGCUGGGUCGCCUACUCCACGGCCUCCCGCUUCCACCUCUACCGAGUGCAAUACGAGGGUGACAGUGUCAGUGUCAAGAAGGUCCCCAAAGUGCCCAAGCUGCUGCUCCCAGCCUACCAGCUCCAGUUCUCCUCCGACUCCGACAGCCUCUUCGUUGCCUCCGCUCGAGGCUCUGUCCACGACCUCCAGCUGCUGGAGCCGGGGGGCUGCAAACACCUGCACACGUUUCGGCCACCCUCAGGGUCCCCCGAGGCCGUUUACCUGCUGGCGUCGAGCGCGGAUGGGCACUGGCUGGCCGCAGUCGGCGGGGACUGGGCAAUUCACAUCUACAACCUGAAAUGCUUCAAGCAUCACUGCACGGUGCCCAUGUACAGCUGCGCGGUGACGGCCCUCGCCAUCCACCCGGUCACCAACAACCUCGUUAUCGCCUACUCGGACCAGCAGCUGUUCGAGUUCAGCAUCCCCACGAAGCAGUACACGACCUGGAGCCGCAUGGUGCAGAACUGCGGGCUGCACAAGGUCUGGCUGGAGAGGGACUCGCCCAUCACCCACAUCACCUUCAACCCCAAGAACCCCUCACACAUCCUGCUCCACGACAUCUACAUGUUCUGCGUCCUUGACAAGUCCCUGCCCUUGCCAGACAACAGUGCCCUCCUGAUGAACCAGAGCACCCUGAAGCAGCUCCCGGAGACCGCCAGGCAGCGGCAGCUCCACGCCUUCAAGAUCUGCAAGAAGUUCCAGCCCCUGCUCUACGCAGAUCUGCUGGACGAGAACUGCCUCGUGAUGGUGGAGCGGCCCAUCAUGGACAUCAAGACCCAACUGCCCCUGCCCAUCCAACAGAAGAAAUUUGGCACCUGA